AUGGCUUCAACAAAUGGCUCAACAACUCCGUCGACGCCUUUGGACGAGGAAAAUCGCAACAAGCAUGAAGAUCCUGAAUCAGCUUUGGCACAAGGCCAAAUGGAACAACGCCAGCAGCCACAGGGCUCAUUCUCCAAGCAUGAAGCCUCACACGUUUCUGAGCGGCCUGAAGUUUCGGCCGAUGGAGAUGAAGAAACCUCUGAGCCAACUCUGCAAACAGGCUGGAAAUGGUGGUUAAUCUGCUUUGGUGUCUAUUCAACUUGUCUCAUGUAUGGGCUUGAUACCACGAUCGCGUCAGUGGUUCAAGCUCCGGUUGUUGAUACGUUCAAAGAAGUCUCUCAGGUCGCAUGGAUUGGCGCUGGCUUUCUCCUUGGAUCAACGGCGGUUAUUCUCCCCUACGGCGCCAUGUUCAAUACCUUUGACCUGAAAUGGAAUUUCAUUGCCGGAGUCAUUCUGUUUGAAGGAGGAUCAGCUCUAUGUGGAGGCGCCCCAAACAUAGCCCUGACUCCUCCGAAAGUAAGAGGAACCUACGUCACCGGCGUUGGGUUCUUUUGGGGCAUUGGUUGCAUUCUUGGUCCUAUCGUUGGCGGUUCUUUGUCAGACAGCUCGGCAACGUGGAGGUGGGCAUUCUAUAUCAACCUUGUCAUUGCCGCCGUGACAGCGCCAGUGUAUCUCUUGGUGCUGCCCUCGUAUAAGCCCUCUUCUGAUCAGUCUGUCAUGAUGCGGCUUGUCAAACUGGACUACCUGGGCUUUGCUCUUAGUAUCGGCUUCUGGGUCACUUUUGCACUAGGAUUUCUAUCCGCAGGAGGAAUCUGGAAGUGGAGCGAUGGACGCACAAUUGCUACAAUCACGAUGUUUGCCGUUUUACUGGCAGCUUAUGCUUUGCAGCAGACUUUUUGCAUAUUUACCACACCGGAGACGCGUUCAUUUCCCUUGCAUCUCUUGAAAUCGAGAAUUCAGAUUCUGCUCUACAUUGAGGCAGCCGCCGCCAUGGCUGCUAUUUACGUACCAAUCUUCUACAUCGCCAUCUAUUUCCAAUUUGUGCGGAAUGACAGCUCGCUUGAAGCUGCCGUACGCCUGCUGCCCUAUAUCAUCCUAUUCAUUAUCGCCAACUUGGGCAGUGGUUACCUGCUUCCCAAAGUGAACAGGUACAUUAUCCUUUACGUCGUCGCAGGAGUCCUCCUUACUAUUUCCGGAUCACUUUUAUAUGUCUACCUCACCCCGACGACAAAGCCAGCUACAAUCUAUGGACUCAGCAUCAUAGAAGGAAUUGGCGCCGGAAUUAGUGCCCAGGUUGGCUUCUCCAUAGCGACGCUCGAGUCGGGUUCUAAAGACGCCGCACACGCCCUAACGCUUCAGAAUCUGGGUCAGCUCGGAGCAGGCGUGAUUGCACUCGUAGUUGCUGGCCAAGUUUACCAGACCACUGCCAUCAAGGGUUUGACUGAAGCACUCGCACCGGCCGGCUAUACGGCUGCUCAAAUUGAGGAUGCGGCUGCAGGUGCGCAGAGUGUUGUCUUCCAAGACUUAACGGGUGAUCUCAGAGAGAUGGCCAUUAUAGCAGUUACAAACGCUAUCCAGAGGGUUUUCAUCUUGCUUAUUGUUGCGGGCGCUGUCUCUCUCAUCGCGGCUUUGGGUAUGAAACGACACAAGUUGUUCAAGUAA